AUGAGAAUCCGACAUUCGUUGCAGAAGAACUGCAACCGCUUUCGUCGGCAACAGGAGAUGAGGACCCAGACGCCCAACGCCGCUGGCAGCCGUGCUUCUCCUUUCAGGUCCGAACAUGCCUAUCCUCCCCCAUCUGCAAGCGCGAUAGACGUGGACAGUAGGAAUUCAUCCGCCUCGACAUGGCAUCGCUCUCUCAUAUGUACAGAGAGUCCGUUGGUUGGAGAGGAGCAAAGCAUGGAGCGAGGGAUACGAUCGUAUACGUCAGAGGAGGCUGCAGCAAGGGACUCCUACUUACCCGCACCGACACCACCCCACCAACGGAACAUUCCUGAGCAACUCGCGGAACUUCUCAUGACCAUGAUCGGCGCAAAAGAAAGGAAUGGAUUAACCGGGGAAGAGCUAGCGGAGUCAUUUCGAGACGGACCAGAUGCACCCCCUGUUACCAAGCAAUCCCUGGGCGAGCUCGAUAUUCAGAACAUUAUCACCAAUAUCAAGCUACGACAUGACGUCAACUUCGACCGUGACCUUAGCUUCAGGCCGAACGUGGACGGCGUUAAAGGGCAAGAGAAAACGAGGGCGACGGAAAGGUAUAGGAGGGCGUUAGUGGCCGAGCUGCAACUCUAUGUUCUACUCUCACAAGAAACACGACCACUACGGGGUGUAGAACACAUGAAGAGAGAGGAGAUCACUCGCCAUGCUGAGCGAAGGCUACCGACAUUUUUUCACACGAUCCGAGAUGUGCUGAAGAGCCUGGUGCCAGAUCGCGACCAUUCGAGAGUAGACGAACAUUUGGACGUCUCCAUGUUGAUGCAAGAGAUAGAGCGAGGAGUCUGCGACAUGGUACGGCUAGCAGAGUGGAUGGCGCAUUUGCUCAAGGAGCACUGUGCGCCGAUGAGAGAUCAAUGGGUUGAUGCCAUGGUCAUUUCAACGAGAAAAGGUGUGACCGAGAACAGCUUGGAAAAAAUCGUACAGGGGCUGUGCGAAUUGCUGGGGAUACUGGAGGCGAUGAAGCUGGACGUUGCAAACCACCAAAUCCGAAACCUGAAGACCCUCUUGAUCGAAGAUACGAUCAACUUCGAGAGGCACUACCAUCUAGACAAAUUAGUGCAUGGUCGGGCAAGGGUCAACAUGAACAUUGCUCAAAACUGGUAUGCGGAUGCAAACGAUGAGUUUGGUUCGCAGUGCACGCCUCGACGAGACGCGGCAGGCUUCCAGCUUGAAGUGUUCACUCGUGCUGUUGUCGCCAUCCUUUUUGGCAAAGAUGGUCGGAGCGACUUUCCCGAGACCUUCUACCUGGAUGACGACCGCUUGCAGACACUGAAAACCGAGAUUGACGACCUCGUCUUCUUCGAAGUCUGUAUGAGCAUGUUCGCAAUAUUGGCUAAGCAAUUCGGCUAUGGUGCCCCUUUGUCUCUUUCAAUCGAACAGCAACUCCGGGCCUCCAUCUCAGCGAUCAUGGGCGAAGCUGUUGGCCACGGUCCUCAGCAGUGGAUGAUGAACUCCGAGGCACUUUCGCUGGAGAUCCUACGGCAAGCAUCACGUCUUGUUGGCCAACCGCUAACAUAUCAUUUCGAUUGUUUGGCAGACGCCAAUCACCAUCUUCGCCUCCUAUUCACUGAGAGUUUUGCUCAUCAUGCCGCUCAAUUGGAGGCCACCUUUCUCCCUCAGAUUCUCGGCAACAUAGACCGUCACACCAGCGCAUCGCCCAUGGACCUUUUCAACAGCCUGGUGUCCAUAUCUCCAUCGAUGCCGCCACACCCAACGUAUCCGUCGCAGCCCGUCGCCUCCGAGACCUUUGCAUCCGCGCAGCCCCAUCCAGAAACUGCAAAGUUGACCGACCUCGCGAAUCGCAUUACUCAUAUUGUGCUUCUCCACUGGCGGGUUUGGGGACCCAUCGCCUACGUCCAAGACGACGAUUCUCAACACUCGUCAACAUCUCCCUCUGACGAGGAGAUAGCCAGGCCCUCUGUAUCGCCACAGCCGACUCUUGCGCAUCGACCACAACCACAACUUCCGGAAGAAGCAGCGCAAGUGGUAGCAACUAUGAUGACAGGCGAUCCACUCGACUCCGGUCAGGAAACACACGUCCCGCAUCAAACAUCAUCGCAAUAA